GGAGGGUAAGCGCAAGUACGCACUUACUAUGAGCAACCCAGCCACAAAGAGAGACCGAAUCAUUUCUUCAUAAGCUAGCUGGUCACGCAGGAUCAUCGACCAUGAAGCGGUCUUCUUCUUCGUCGUCGUCGUCCUCGCUCCUCGCACGCGCCGUGGCAAUCCUCCUGGUGAUCGUAUGCUGCUGCUCCCUGCUGCCAUGCCCAUGCUCUGCCAAUGACAAACUUGGCCAGGAGUCUGGCGGUGGAGAAGGGGCCGGCAACCAUGAAGAAUGGGGGCCACAGUCCCCGUGGCAUCAUGGCGGUUACGACAUGAGCUACCCGCCAUACGGGCAUGAAGGGUUAGGGACCCGUGAAGGAUCGGGGCCACCGUCCCCGUUGCAUAAUGGCGGUUACGGCGCGAGCUACCCGCCAUACGGGCAUGGUGGCGCUGCUCUGGCGCCGGCUUCUUCCAUGGCGGCACACCGCAAGGACCUGCAGGUCAGCAGGAACUGAAGGCCGCACGUCCCUAUUAAGUAGCUUAUUACGCAUGAAAAUGGAACUCUGCUUCCAUUGGUGAUUUUGGGGUGUGCCGCAAGGAUGGUUAGUGGAACCUUAUUGUUGCUUGUGUUCCGGGAGGUGGCUUAGGAUGAUGCUUAUUUCUUUUGAGAUAGUUCUGGUUCUGGUUGUAACUUGUAAUGUGAUUCCGAGCUUGUUUAGUUUUUGUAUCUCAUGCAUGCUAGUUGCUUUUUGCUCCGUACUGGCUGUUCUAGGGCGGAUAUUCACAGUGAGUUUCUUACCGUGCCCCAACUCCCAACCCUCUUCAUGUAUUCACUUUUGUUGCCU